UCAAAAUAAGGAGUGUUGAGGGAAAAAAGAGUAAGAACUAGACUACAAAAGAAGCCAUGUCUGUGAAAUCAACCCUAACGUCGGUAGUUCUGGUGAUUCUCAUCGCAGCAUCGUCGGCUGGGGAUAUCGGAUCCGAUGAGUCCACUCCGAUCACCGACGGUCUCCGGAAGGUAGAGGAAUCCUUUGUCAAAAUCUUAGGCCAAUCCAAUCACGUUCUCUCCUUCGCUCGCUUCGCUCACAAGUAUGGGAAAACGUAUGAAAACGCUGAGGAGGUAAAGCAUCGUUUCUCGGUGUUCAAGGACACUCUUGAUUUUAUCAGAUCCACCAAUAAGAAAGGCUUAUCUUACAAAGUUGGUGUCAAUCAAUUUGCUGAUUUGACCAUCCAAGAGUUGCAAAAGACCGGUGGACUCAAAGAAGCAGCUGUUCCGAGAAGUGUGGACUGGAAUAAAAGAGGUAUUCUUGGCCCGGUCAAAAAUCAGGGAGGUUGUGAAGCUUCCUGGGCAUUCAGCGCAGUUGGAGCUGUUGAGGCAGCUUACAGUAGGAAACAUAAACGCAUAACUGAUCUCUCUGAGCAGCAGCUGAUUGAUUGUUCUCUACCUUACGGUAACUUGGGCUGCAUUUCUGGUCGUCCUUCCAGAGCCUUCGAAUACCUCAAAUCCGGAGCCAAAGGAAUCAGUCUAGAAACAGAUUAUCCCAACAGAGGUUCCCUUGGGUUGUGCAAACUAAACGUGAAAAAGUCCAAUGUAAAUAUCACAAGAUAUGUCAGUAUCAGUUCGGGUGAUGAAGAAGAACUGAAGCGAGUUGUUGGAUCCAUAGGGCCAGUUAGCAUAUCGUUCAACGUUGUAGACUCAUUAAAUGCAUACAUGGACGGAGUCUACAAUAGCAGUGAAUGUGGAAGUGCUUUAAAGGACGUUAACCAUUAUGCUUUGGCGGUUGGUUAUGGAAUGGAAGGCGGUGUCCCAUAUUGGCUUAUAAGGAACUCAUGGGGACCGGGCUGGGGCGUAGAAGGCCACUUCAAGGUGGAGAGGGGAAAGAACAUGUGUGGUGUCGCGACACGUGCAUCGUACCCGAUUGUGGCCUAAUGAGAUGAUCAGCAUAUGGAUGAAUGAUGUCCGCAGGAUUAACAUUACUUGAAAAUUGGCACUUGGGUGUGCCCAGUAUUGUUAUGUUUUAUCUUUUUUAAUUCAAAAAACAUAUGGAUAUAGUCUGUUCAUAUGUAUGGAAUAAUGGAAAAAUAUGUGAAACUUAAUAGUAUACAUGCCUGCAUGUUAAAUCUAUCAAUAUAAAUUGUUUAGAAUGAAAUACAUUCGUUAUUGGUCGUAAGACGAUUGUACUACAUAUACAGCUGACUAAGUUAUGGCUGUUUUAAAA